CUCAGUAGGAGAACGGAUCUGCAAAAAGCGGGACUCAGUGGAUGUUUGUCUGGGAUAUUGGCUGCGCGUGCGAGCAUUGCUGCUUUUCGAUGUGAGGAUUCGGGAGUGCAGCGGAUGCUCAAUUCGGCGCUGAGAAGCACGCAGCAUGCGCGGCCAGCCGGAUUCGAACAGUCUGCCUUGUGAUCUGCUGCAAACAAAUCAGCUGGGAUGUUUUUCCGCUAACGCCACAUGCUUAUAUUCAAGUUUGUGGUGCCCAUCACUUUAACGCUCCUUGUUAGUUUCGCCAUGGUGCAGUGCCAACGUUUCAAUUUUGAGAAGAGCCCUACUAUCCUUGGGACAGACGACCAACCAAGCCACUCCGUCCAAAUUGAGUUGACGCUAUUCAACCGAUGCAGCAGGGGGUUGGUGUUGAUGGAUGGAAAGAAGGUCACUGCUGCACCUUCAAAUUCGCGGUUUAGUAAGCUCGUUCUGACGUCCGUCGGCAUGGACUCCACAUUAACCAUCCAGUCGAACGGCACCUUCCUUUGCUUCAACAAAAGCGGCAGGCUGGUCAACAAGAAACGCCGCAGCAAACGGAAGAGCCUGUGCGAGUUCCGAGAGGCCCUGCGCGAAAACUACUCUACAUUCCAAUCAGUGUUCAACUCCAAUUGGUACAUCGGCUUCAAUCCCUCAGGACGCGCCAUCCGUGGUCGCAAAACACGAACUCGCCGGUGGAGACCCUUCAUGUUCCAGAAACGCCUGCCACCCGUUGUACACAAAAGCCCCGGACCUUUCCAGGACGUCUCCGAGGUGAUCUGGGCAGAAUAUCUACGCGGAAAAAAUGCGAGCUGACGUUCGGAUCUCGUGCUCUCGGCGCGGUUCAGUGACAGUGGGACAUUGAGGAGUGUUGGACGAUACGCCGAACCUGCCAGACAUGAUCUUACGCUGUGACUGUCACUAACAUCUUUUGCAUGUAUAUAUACGCAUCCUCUUUCACAUGUUUCAUGCACAAACUUCAAGGUGCAUACGUCAUUCCUCUUUCCUCGAGCCUAUUGGAGGAGUAUGAAUUGUAUAUAUUGUAUACAUACGCCGUAUUUAUUCAAAUUAUUUUAUAAUAAAAUCGGUCCCAUCGCCAGCCAUUCGCUAACCAGUAGCUGGCUUGUGGUCAGUUCCCUAUAGCUAACUUUGUAGGGAAUGAAUGCACGCCAUUACGAUGUGUUUCUGCUUUCCAAGCUAAGAUCGGGAGCCACACUUGCAUCACUCACGAGGCAAAGUCAACUUGUCGAUGCAAAAGCACAUUUGACGGAUAUACACGAGAAUUGAUUUCUGGUGGAGUCUCAGGGUUCUCCAACGCACUUUGUAUAUCUAUUCCUACGUCAGCAAAUUUCCUUUUGCAGACAGGCGAUGGUAUAGUCUUGCACAUGAAUGCGAAAUUUCAAGACGGGUGCUUAAUGUGCUGCCAGCUUUCGUUCAUUACACCUUUAUUAUCUUCGGUACGGAACACGCCGUUACUAUAGAGAGAUUGCAGGGUCAGCUGGGAAUUCUGAGGAUGUAUUACACUACGCCAACUAUUUAUUAUCAUUCCAUUCAUGUUCAGUAAAAAAGAAAGAAGCACCAAUGGACUCCAAAUAACAUUAAGGGUGCGUGGUGCUUUGUGCAUCCUUGCAGCCCGAAUCGUUGUUUCCCAGUUGUCUGUAUCAUAUUCAAAUGUGUGUUCUUACUGCAGUAAAUAAAUGAGUUAAAUGUGAA